AUGGAAAGCAACGCUCCCAAGGUUUUCUGUGAUCAACUCCCUGUCGAACUCGUCUUUGAUAUCCUCCUACGGCUCCCAAUCCAGUCCCUUUUGACACUCAUGUGCGUGUCGAAAGCUUGGAAAUCUUUAAUCUCAAGCCCGGAAUUCAUCAAAAACCAUCGCAAAACAUCAUCCAACGCCUGUGAUACUGCUCAACGGAAGCUAAUUUUCUCUAUUUCCUGUCCCCCAGUCUAUGAUUGCCUCACAGAAUGUAGUCUUUACUCUGUGUUGUAUUCACCAACGGCUGAGGCAACUAACAUGAUAACUGAUCCAAUCUUUGCAUCAUCCGUGACUCAAGCUACAAAUAUUCAACAUCCAGCACAAAAAUCAAUUGAAAUUGUGGGCUCGUGUAACGGGUUGGUUUGCAUUGCUAUCAGGGAGACCCGGGGCUGGACUUUCUUCAAUUCUACAGAUGACAUGUGUUUAUUUUUGUGGAAUCCAUCGAUCAGGAAAUACAGGAGGCUACCCCAUUGGGGAUUUGACUUCGAGGAAUAUUCUGGUGUUGUAACAUAUGGGUUCGGGUAUGAUGGGUUGCAUGACGAUUACAAAGUUUUCACACUUUUAUCUAAUAACUUGCGAAAGAAUUUGAGAAGAAAAGUUGUUGGAAUUUAUAGUCAAAGGACAGCUUCUUGGAAGAUGGAUGAGGAUUUCCAAAAACAUUUACCCCUAGACAAUUGGUCUUUGCAAGAUACUCGUGGCGGCCAUUUUGUAAAUGGGAAGCUUUAUUGGGCUGCAAUCUCUAACGGGUAUGGAGACGACCGUCCUGAAAAUAAAAUCGUUAGUUUUGAUUUGGUUGAUGAGACUUACGGAGAUAUUCAACUGCCAGAAAAUCAUAUGGAGAAGGUGAGCUUUUGGGGAUGGAAUAUAGGAGUUUUGAGGGAAGGGUGUCUCGGCCUGCUUUGGCUGCAUGAUGACUUGAAGCAUCUGGAAGUGGAUAUCUGGAUUUUGACUGAGUGUGGCAUUAGACAAUCUUGGACAAAAAUGUUUUUGAUUCGCUAUCCUGAAGAUCCUGGACGUGGAUUUCGAUUCGACAUUCGUUUCCAACCUGUGUUCUUACUAAAUGGGAGUGAAUUAUUGCUAAAGCUCGGAUCGAGGUUAGUGCUUUAUAAUCCAGAAGAUGGUUCAUACAAGGAUCUUGACAUCAAUUAUAAUUUGCCAGAUGCAGAGGGUGAUCUUAAGGUGGACAUGUAUGAUGAAAGUUUAGUUUUGCUUGAUGGCCAUGAUGGAUAA